UUAACUUCUUAACGUCAUAUUCAGCUCAGUACUUACUAAUUUACUAGUUUCACAGUAAAAAGACUUUGUAAUUAUAUUUUUUUUAAAAAGUGACUAGACUGCUUACAUUGACCUGCAGCUAUUGAACUGUUUUUAAUAUGCUUCAAACAAUUUGAAGCGGGCUCUCCCCUUGUGCUUUUAUUAUGAUGUAAGUGGCAUUGUGGCCCUCAGUCGCAAAGGGUUGGAUGUCAACACACAUCUGUGAAGUCUGUGUGUGCGCGUAUCAAUCCCUCACUGGGCCUAUUGUCUUUGCUGACAUCACGGCCGGUACAAGGAGGGUAGAGGACAGAAAAGGCCAUUACUUUGACUAGACCCGCGCACAUCAUGGCCAUCAUGAAUAUCCGUAUGUUAGCCGUGCUUCUAUUUGCCAUGUUUGCUUUGGCCUACUCCUCAACUAGGAAAGUGGGUCUCGCCAGCAAAGUCCUGGUCUUCCCUUACGAGACGGAUUUCAGCUACGUGACGCUGAUGCCGCAGAAGGAGAUGGCGCUCAAGGCCUUCACCCUGUGCAUGCGCGUGGCCACCGAGCUGCCCGAAGAGCGCCAGAUCAUCCUGUUCGCCUACCGCACGGCCGACUACGACGAGCUCAACGUGUGGCGCGAGAAAGACGGACGCGUCUCGUUUUACAUGAGCGGGGACGGCGUUUCUUUCGCCCUCCCGCUGCUGGGCACGUUUCGUACCAGCCUCUGCCUGACCUGGGAAUCUGUCGCCGGCCUCGCUGCCUUUUGGGUAGAUGGGAAGCGCAGUACCUACCAAAUAUACAAACCGGGACACAGCAUCCGUCCCGAAGGCACCGUCCUCUUGGGGCAGGACCCCGACAAACAUCUCGGUGGCUUGGAGGCUCUGCAGAGCUUCGUCGGGGAGAUGACUGAUGUGAAUAUGUGGGACUAUGUCCUGUCCGGGAGCAUGAUCCAAGCCUGGCAUUACGGCCACAAAGUCCCCAAAGGCAACGUCUUUGAUUGGGCCAUCAUUGAUUAUGAGCUUAAUGGCAAUGUCAUGGUGGUGGAGGAUGACUGACUAACUGUGGAGUCCUGUGGAGAGAAGCGGAACAUUGGAGCUCCUCUAAUAUGUGUCCUCGCGUUAAUUACAUUUCGUCUUACUUUACAUUAGCGUCCCCAUGUUAGUGGGUUUCGAAUGAGUGUCUCCAGACAGCGAGGGGUUGGACGAGCUCUCGUUUGGAUGAAGAUUUUUUUUUUUAAAUGCAUGUUACUUACGGGGUGUAAUGAAACACACUAAACCAAGUUAACGAUCUUGUCUAAAUUUACACUAAAAUGUAAUAAGGUCAAAGUAUGUCUAUUUAAAUGUGCAGUGUGGGUUUAGUUUUACAGUUAAAUAUGAACAUAAUUUAA